AUGGAUAAUAUGCUCUCAUUUCUAAUGAGAGGUAAAAUAGAAAUUGUAGUAUUUAAAGAUGAAAAUUUACAAAUAAUCAAUGAUCUAUUUGGUAUUUUGAAUAAUAAACAAUGUAUUGAACAAAUUGAAAUGAAGAAUGAUGGAAAAUCCUAUGAUUUAGAAUAUGUGAACAAAUAUGAAAAUACAAUAACAGUAACACCAACACCAGUUAUGUGUUUAAUAAUGAAAUAUGUCUUAUUAUUAAUCAAUGGGAAUGAUGAAAUAUUUUCAGAUAUGAAACAAAAUCAACAAGCUAAAGAAAUUUUAUUAAAAUUAACAAGAUUAAUUAUGAAUGAUGCUGAUAUUAAAAAGUUUGAUAAUGCACCAGAAAUAGUGUCAAUAUUCGUUAAUUAUUUAAAACAAGCUGAUCGAAAUACUUUUGGUACAAGCGACGGUGGCGAACUAACAGAUUUAUUGAAAACUUUAAAGGAAGACUUUUCAGUUUUUUGUGCUGUUUUGGAAGUUGGGAAAAUGAGUUUAAAGAAUUUUACUCUGCUUAUAUUUCAACUAGCCUUUCUUCCACAUGAACCAAUAAAAGAUGAAUUUAUUCAACAAAAUGGUUUGGAAUUAUUAAUGAAAUUUGCUAGUAAAAAUGGAGAGCUUUAUUUUGGAGACAGGGAAAAGGAAGAGGAUGAGAGUGAAUUUAAAAAAUUUAUGGCAGAUGAAGUAAAAAUUACACACGAAACACAACAAUUAGCAUUAGAAUGUUUUUGGUCAAUGUCAUUUAACUUAGAAGCAGCUCAACUGUUGAAAAAUAAUGAAAAAUUUAUGGCACAUAUUAAAGCACUUCUAGAACCGCAAAAUGGAACUCCACCAGGUUUGAAAAAAGCAGCUGAUGGUGUUUUAUGGAAACUAGUAAAAAAAAAUGAAUUUAAACAACAGCAACAACGACCACAGAAAGAAGCAUUUGAUUUAAUGAUUAGUUAUAAUUGGGAUGACAUGUGA